UAUUUAUGACGCGUGAUUCUGUUUCGCACUUUUUUCCGAUUUCGUGACUGGGGCUUCUGUAACAACUGCGCUGGUCUUGUUCUCAUCGUUACAUGCUGUGAAGUGUAUACUAUUGCCAGAGAUAACUACGCUCCUACGCUUCAACGUUCUGAGCACAUUCGUAUUCUGUCGUAGAGUUUUUCGUAUUGAUGAUCGCAUUGGGUCUGCUCCUGCGGCGUUAUUUUGGGGUCGUCUGUCUCUGGAAUAAAAGAAUAAAGGGCCGCGGCACACAAAGACAAACACAUCAAACACGUAGAGCAGUAUAAUUUCGGUUGAGAGAAGAAGACCAUGAGAAAAUCAUGUGAAUAGAAAAGUUUUUCUCGGUAGCAAUCCUGCAGUACGUACGUUGAUGAAAAAAAUGAAAUUUGCAGCUCCAAGUAGAACGUUGAUGAAGAAAAUACAAAUCAGGAAAGAGAGCUCGAGCUGUACUUCUAAAACUCUUCGGAAAUAAAUGGAUCUACGUACGAAAAGGAUUGUCUUUGUGAGUUUUUUCUCUCUGUACCUCCUGGUUUAUUUUCCCGAUGCGACUACGUACCGUAUCUCAAAAAAACACAGUGACCCAUUUUUUUCAGCAAAUCUCGUCCCCACUAGUUAGCACCCAGCCUACCCUUUAGCCCCUUUUUGAGUAGUUUCAUCCCUAGUAGCGACCUUUAUAGCGUCAGCAUCAGCGUCGGGUAUUUCAUCAACUUGAUUUGAAGACAAGGUGGGCACCCAACUACCCCUAGUAUCCUUUGGCGAGACAGAUUGCGGCUCUUUGUUCUUUGAGUACGAGUAGACGAGUCAGAGUCUGUGUCUAUCUAGUAGACGAGGACUAGUUUUGAAGAAGAUAAAGUAUCAGGACGUCGAGAGUAUUUUUGAACAAGCGGCCAAGCUACACAAACAUGACCUUCCGCAUUUCCCAGUCUACAACUUUCCAGUAAAAGUCCCAGAGCAGAGUGUAGGGACGACCUCUGUUGAGAGCAGGACAACAACUGGAGCUGCAUCAUCUACUACUUUCACCACCAGCAGACACCACUUGAGUAACAGUCAAUCGAAGAUCAACAUGUUGUCCCUCACCGAGCUGAAUUCCGGACUCCAGUUCUGGAUGGACAGUUGCGAGCACAAGAAUCACUGGGGCUGGCUUGUCUUCCACUACGCCAUACUCGUGGGCGCGUCGCAACCAAGUCCGAUCUGCGUGGUGUUAGCCGCGGUGAUAUGCGGCAUCUCCGAUGAGCAGUGGAAGACCUACGCGUUUGACUAUUUUCAUUUAGACGACAAGGACUUCGGGGUGCCCAUGCUCUACUGUGUCUGGGUGCCGUUGAUGGUGGCCGUGACGUACUGGAUAAACGGGGGCUUUCUGCUCGCGUUGGACUGGUCCAGGCCAGAGGUACAAAUACUUCUGUGGUGUGAUUGAAUACGUUUACCACUUUAUUUCUUCAGUUUGUCAUGCGCAGGGACAUUUUUUAUUCCCUCUGCUGAUGACAGUUCCGCAUGGCAAAUCUACAUCAAAAAAUUCCAUCAGGUUCUCCAGGGGUUUCGCCUCCAAGCGUCCAACAAGUUGACGAAGGAAAAAAUCCGCAAGUUGGUCCGGAAUAUCGCGAUAAACAUCUUCCUCGUGCUGCCCUUCAUCGGGUUCCUCUUUCUAGUCCUCCAGCUGAAAACGCCAUUAGGCUUGAAGCUCGAGCUAUGGAAAGAAAAAAGUUUGUCACAGUCACUAACUUGCAGGUUUUGCAUUACAAAUUUUUUUAGCAGCACAGUUUUUCCUUGUAUUGCAGAAACACUAGGGUAAUCCCCUAUGAAGCUUGGCUGUCAUGCAUUUUUACGCAUGACAGCCAAUUUUGUAUUGCAAAAAUGCGCAUGAGUGAUCGUGACGCUCUUUUUCUGUUUGAUACGAGCCAACACUCCCGAGCUACAUGAGCAGAGCCGUGCACACGUUUAUCUCCGUGUUCUUCGUCAACGAGGUGCUGUUUUUCUACGGGCACUGGCUCUUUCACGCGAACAAGUGGCUUUACAAAAGUAUUCUUGGCAGAUUUUUUUUUCUUGUUUCCAUCAAGUUCUAUCUAAAUCUAACUUCUUGGUUCUAUUUCCUUUUCGUUUUCAGCAUGAGAAAUUCACUUUGUUUUGCAAGAAUGGCAUGACAAAUCAAACCACAGACAUCCACAAGAUCCACCACGAGUUCACCGCCCCGAACGCUUUCGCCGCGAUCUACUGCCACCCGAUAGAACUUACGCAGUGCAAAAGUAUCGUACUCGUACUGAAACUGAUUGCGUUUGUGCAUUACAGAUCUUUUUCUCAAUGCAAAUCCGCAUUACAAAUUCAAUCUGUAAUGCUAAGUCAAUUUGUAAUGCAAUUUAUACUUAUUAGUACGAUGCUUUUGCAAUGCAUAGAACUCAUCGUCUCCGACUUCAUCCCCCUUGGGGUGGGCCCGCUGCUUCUCAACUCUCACGUCUACGUCUUCCUCUGUUGGGCGUUGUUCGCCGUGCUCGGAACGCAGACCCACCACAGCGGGUUCAAGUGGCCGUGGGCGAAAGGGUGGGACCAUCAGCCCGAGUUUCAUGAUCUACACCAUGCGAAAUUUAACGGAAACUACGGGAACAUCGGGUUUUUGGACUGGCUGCACGGAACUACACUGCACUUGCCAGUAAUACCGAAGACGGUGAAGGAGCCGGUAGACAAUGCAGCUACGGGUUCUACAUCUACUCCGGAUGCAAGUACAAUAGAAGGUGCUGCAGCUUCUAUAUCAUCAUCACCAACAGCGACAACAGGUCCUUCAACAACAGCCGCAAACACCGCGGAAGCUGCUGCAACAUCAGCGAGAAGUAGAAUAAAGCUCACAGAAAUGACGAUGAAGGAUAGGAGUGGGGCAAUGACCACGACGUCAGGCGCCGGGAGUAGAAGUUCGAGCAUCAGCACAACCACGCCGGAAGAUGGGAUUAAAAGUUCAGCGACGGCUGCGGUGAAGUAGGAAUUUCGAAAGUUGGCGGGGAGAAGUUUGCGCCGGAUUAGUUGUUGGAGAUCGAUGCGGAACGACCGAAGGAGCAUACGGAGCAGAAGAAGGUAGCGAGACCGCUUUGUCGCCGCCUAUAAUCUGCAGCUUUUUUUACUUCGACUACUCGCGGCGCCGCUUUCGAAAGGGAUUUUGUGUGCAGGAACCAUUGAUUCUUAUUUGAGGUCUGAAGGCGAAAAAGGUUUGUUGAUCUUCUUGUUACGAAGAUGCGACUAGGAUUAAAACCUGCCUCUGUUCAGCGACCUUUCAAGAAAAAACCGGAAAAGCAUGUGCUUUUGAAUUUGAACGCGAAGCGCAUUUUACUGAGUACGCCCGUAAGGAGUGCGUACUUGUUUAUCUCGUAAAGAUUUUCGUCUGUCCUAACGGCGACAAAAGAACAACUGAACAUGAUCGAGAAGUGUCUUCAAUUGUUGUUGUGGAGCUGUUUUUACAAUGAGCUGCCGCAGUUUUUUGAGUGUAUUGCCGUGUUCGCUUGCCAUCGUUCCAGAUGGACACUGUUAGUGAGGCGAGAUGAUAACUGGGAGAGCGACGCUGUUAGUGGCG